AUGGUAAUCGCCAAACUAGGGAAAGAUGUUAUACAACAAGUUAGUGAUAUACUUCUGAAGCCGCCCGAAACGAAGAAAUACGAUGCUUUGAAGGCUCGACUCCUAACUGUGUACGAAGAGUCUGAAAUAAGGCAAUUCCAGAAGUUAUUAAGUGAAAUGGAGCUCGGCGACCAAAAGCCUUCACAGCUUUUGCGUCGUAUGAAGGAUUUAGCACGUGAUAAAAUACCUGAUGAAACCUUACGUAUUAUGUGGCAAGGACACUUACCGCCGUCGGUACGAGCAGUGUUAGCAGUCAGUGAAUGUACGGACUUGACCAAUCUUGCAACAGUAGCGGAUAAAAUUGUGGAAACAUCGAGACCAUUGCAGAUAGCAGAAGUACAGGCAUCCACGUCAAACUUCAGUACCAGCAACGAUAACGCUUUUAUAUUGGCCGAGAUAGCCAAAUUGAGCUUGAAAAUAAGAGAUAUGGAACGAUAUAGAGGAAUGUACAGAAACAACGACUAUGGAAGAGGGCGAUCACGCUCUGCAUCUCGAGGACGACGUAACCAAAGUCGCCGCACGCCUGAUAGUCCAAAUUGGUUGUGCUACUACCACCACAAGUUUCGGAAUCAAGCAAAAAAGUGCACAGAACCCUGCGCGUGGAAAAAGUCUGACGAUCAGGGAAACUAA